AUGGUCGAAGCUAACAGCACACGCGCUACGUCGAAGAAGAUCAAGGAAUCAACCACCGGCAAAGACAAGCUAGAAGAAAUUGCCAUCACGAAGGCGCUAACCCCCACCGGCGGUAACACUGACGCCAUGAAGUCCAAUGAGAGGGUGGAAGAUACCAACAAAGCCCCUGAUGGCAAUGACCAAGCCCUCAGUGGCAACUCUCAGUUUGUCGCGAGAGAUAACCCUCGAGCAAAUGACACAAGCAAAUCACGCAGAGACCAAGCCCCUGUGGCAAUGAACAUACCCGUUCCCGCUAACGCGGCCAACAAUGAAAUACGUAAAGAGCAAGCCUCCACGUCAUUUGACAGACCUAUAGUCAACAGUAGAGAUGGGCGCAUUGAAUCCGGAUAUCCGCGCGGAUGCGGAUAUCCGCUCACAAUUUCAGCGGAAACACACAUCCGCAUCCGCCGGCGGAUACCCGCCAGCGUUGGCGGGUAUCCGCGCGGAUACCAGCGCGGAUACCCGCGGAUACCCGCCCUCUGA